AUGGUCAACCCUGCUAUUUCCAACCUCGUCAUCAUGCUUGUCAUGAUGCAGGUGUCCAAGAAGGUGCCCUUUGAGGACCCCCAGGUGCUGAUGGGCAUCCGAAUUCUCUACGUGGUGGCCCAGUUGCUGGUCCUGGGCCUGUACCUUUACACCCGGUCCAUCAUUACCAAGAAGAAUGAUCUCACCACCCUCAAAUACGUCGAGCCUGCCAACGCUUUCGGCGGCCAGGAGGAGCCCAAGCUCGUGACCACCACCAUCAAGGAGUACGAUAUCAAGCAGGUUAACUCUGCCAUCCGAGGUGUCUUCACCGGUAUCGCCAUGAUGGGUUUCAUGCACAUCUACAUGAAGUACACUAACCCUCUUCUGUUGCAGUCCAUCAUGCCCAUCAAGUCCGCCAUUGAGCAGAACAUUGUCCAGAUCCACGUCUUUGGCAAGCCCGCCAUUGGCGAUCUCAAGCGACCCUUCAAGGCCGCCUCCAUGUUUGGUGGAGCCGGUAUGGGCGGUGGCGACAUCAAGACCGACAAGAAGACCAUUUCUGCCGCCGAGACUGCCGGUGCCGGAGGUGUUAAGGAGGAGUAA